AUGCAUUUUAAAGAUACUGUUCUUUCAGAGGCAAUAUUGGAACCAGCAAGUAGUUAUUACGAUACAGAUUUGAGGUAUCAAAGGAGUUGCGGUGGGCACAAUCGAGAGGGUUCUCUCGAUGGAGAGAUAUUUAGUCCGGGCUAUCCAGCCACAUUCCCCAAAAACGUGACCUGCAAUUGGCUGAUAAGGGUCAAUCCCAACAAAAAAAUCUAUAUUCGUCUUCGUUACCUCGAACUUUCACCAACAAUGGCUGAAUGCGAACGAGCAUCACUCUAUAUAAUUGAUGGCUAUCGUCAUGAGACAAAUGAUUUACGAAAAGAUGAUGGCAGUCAAGUGCGUUUUUGUGGUGGACAGCUCUACUAUAGUGAAGAAGGUAUGAAAUCGUACAUGUCAACUGGUAAUCGUCUCAUUGUAAGAUUUAUGACAAGAGAUCAUCCCACUUUAUCACAACUAGAGAAAUACGACGAAGAGGGUAAAGCGAUCGGAUUUCGUUUGGUGUGGACUGAAGUUGAUGAGUUUUUGCCUGAUGUUAACGAGUGCCUCGGUUUUGCAUGCAGUGGUGGACAACUUUGCAUCGAUAACGGUCAAAAUAUCUGCGCGAGUCGCAGCCAACUUUGUAUUCAUAAAUCGCUGAUGUGUAAUGGCGUUUCGAACUGUGCUGAAAAUGAUCAUAGUGAUGAACAAAACUGUUAUUCGCAACAUAUCAUUUUAUCAGCUUGCUCAAUCAUUCUCGUUCUCAUAUUGGUGAUAUUUUCGACAAUAAUCUGGCAGAGAUCUCGAAUAACACGAAGAGUACAACGACGUACACGUGAAAGGAUUGAGAGCGUCUCACUGAAUAAUCGCAACGGAAAAGGUGCUCCGAUAUGGGAAUGCGCACAUCCGGCAGCAAUAACUCGUGGAUUACAAGCACACUCUCACCGAACUUCAUCGUGUACUCAACAAAAAAAUCAAAAUCGCGAUCAACUACUCUCCGAAAUGCGAACGUUCCGUCCAGCUCAUCUCUAA